AUGAGUACCGCUGCCGCUGCCGCCCCGUCACAGCACUCUUCUGAAAACCGCACGCACACGACCGCCGUCCUCGUAGGUUCAGAACAGCAGCCUGGUGGCAGCGCGGACGCGGUUCCGGUGGAAAACGGGCUUCCCUCUUCCGGUAUGCCAUGUGCGCCCUGCAACGACUCACCCGCUAUCUCAGCCUGCUCGGCGGAGGCACUGGCGGGUAGCGCCGUGGCCGAGGACCAAACAGACACAACUGCCCCGUCGGGUGGUGGAACAGGCCAGCAGCAACCAAUGGAGGGCUCGCAACAGCAACAGCAGCAGCAGCAGGAUCAACCUCCGACUUCCGGUGCUCGGCCGUCAUCUGGCGGACGCCAGCAAAGGCUUGCUGGUGGCAAAGGGAAACACUUAACCCGCAGUCACGCCAUGCGUGAGUCAACCUCCCCGCCCCGAACACCGACGCCACGAUCUCCAUCCGACACGCACAACGGCAACCCGAUUGGCAACGUCGGCAAUGGAGUAGUCACCACGGCCACUGCCACCACCAUCGCCUCCGCCGCACCCACGAUCGCUAGCACCAGCAACGCGCUCAGCAAUGGCCCCCAAAGUCAGCCCGUCGAGCGAUCGUCCACCAUGAACGACGGCGAGUCCCUCGCCAAGCACAACAGCUCGGGACCGGGUGGUGGUGGUGGUCUAGGCGGUGGCGCCAGUGGCAACAGCUCCCCCAACAUCGUGCUGUUCACCGGUGGUGAUGACCAACAGCAGCAUCGCGGUGGUAAGAGCCAGCUGGAUCUCGACUUCCCGAAGCUGACACCCCCGAAAACGACCUUCAAUCCGAACGCUGGUAGCAACGGUACACAUCAUCCCCACUCGCAGAAAGCCGGCAACGCCAGGACCAAUGGUAGUGGUGCUAAGCUGAACGGCGGUGGUGCCGAGUCGGAUAAAUCUUCUCCACCGGUCUCAGCAACGGCACCCAGCAGCAACACUAAGCAGACGUCACCAGCGCAGGAGACAACAACGGUUACGGUUUCGGCGAACUGCGUAGGCAACAGCGGCCAUGACAGUCCGGACGGUGCGACGACUCCGACCAACGGUCGAGGGUUGCUGGCGGGCUCGAGUCCGUCCAAUCACGUGCUCCUGCCGGUGUCGGUAGUGUCCGGCAGCGCUAGCGGAGCGGGGUCCGAUGGCCCGGUCGGCGAUGAUUCGGCGGACCACAACCACGCGAGUGCGGGACUUUCAGCGCACGUUUCACCGGUACCGUCAUCGGCAAGCAGCAACUAUUGUGAUAACGAAGGACGCCACGGUCAGUACUACCACCAUCAGCAACGGGAGGUGAAUUUCGGCAGCAACAGCGAGGGCGGAAGUGGUGCCGGGCUGGUGCCGUCGAAUGCGGACGGUCCGAUAAACAUACAGUUUUCGCACGAAACGGAAACCCGUUACAUCCAGUGCGACAGUCCUACCGAAAGCCUUAUAAGGAGCGGCGGAGGGAGUGGUGGUGGAAAUGCGAGCUGCACGGCGGCUCCCACGGGCGGAGCGGGCAGUGGAGGCAAGAAGCGAAGUGGUGCUUCCGGAAAAGGUGGAGGGAAGGCGGCUCGGUUGAAAAACCUGAGCGGAGGAUCCUCCUCAAGCGUCGACGGUGGUGGAGGCGGAGGAGGAGGAGGCAGUGGAGGAGGAGGUGGAGGCAUGGGUUCGUUCAUGUCGCGGGACAGCCUGUGCGAGCCGUUCACCGACCAGAGUGGCGUAAAUUUGCUGCAGUUCUUCAAGGAAACACUGAACAAGAACUUCAAGGAUCGCAACAUGCUAAUGAAGAUCGAGAAGGAGCUGUUGUCGCUCGCGAUGGACCGCACCCGGAACCAGAUGAAGUUCCCGCCCAUGUCUUCCUACAACCGGAUGCUGAUCCACCGGGUCGCGGCGUACUUCGGUAUGGAGCACAACGUAGAUACGACGCAGCAGUGCGUGAUCGCGGAGGUGACGUCCGCCACCCGUAUCCCGGACAUCCGGUUCAAGAAUCUCAUCUCGGACAGCUUCUCCGAGGAGCCGCGCAAAUCUAUCCUGAAGCGGGACACGCACAGCUUCGACGAGUACCACCGAUUCAUUGGUGGCGGAGGCGGCGGUGCAGGUGGCGGUAGUUCCGGUAGUGGGCUGUUGCAUUGCCCUGACCGGGGCAUGCUGGACCGAAAGGCGAAGAGCUUCGAGGAGCGCGAAGAGGAGUACGAGAAAAGCAAACGGAGGCUGUUCAAGAAUCGAGAGCACGAUUCCGAGUCCGAUCAGUGGCAAUGGAUAUCGACCGAUGGUGGUGGUGUUGCUGGUGGCGGCGCUGGUGGAGGUACGACGCUGGUUGACCUGAAUGCCGCCCGGCACCAGCAGAAACUGCACAACAAUCGUUUGCUGAAAGUACAAUCAGUGUCAAUUGAGGGCCGAUCGGACGAGCGGCCGUGUGUGUCGAAAUCGCAUAGCUUCGGCGGAUACGGCGGAUCAUCACAGAAUGCAUCGUUGUUGCGGGGUGACUCGAUAACGUCGACCAAAAGUGCCGGUGCGCGGUUGUUCACGAAGCAGGACUCGAACGCUAGCACCAACACGCCCUGGAGGCUGUCUCCGUCGAGCAGUGGGUCGUACCUUACUUCCAGCUACAAAACCCAGUCGAUCCGUUCGGAUUCGGUAACGCCCUCUCCGACCGGCUACGGUAGCGGCGAUCAUACACCGGAACCGUGUGUCCCAUCACCGUCGGCCACGUGUGGCGUGAUGUGGGCCGUCACCGACAUGGCGAGCGUGCCGAAGGGCAGCGUGCUGAUCGAUCCACAAACGUUUCAACCGAUCGUCAAUCAGGACGGGACGCUGUAUCAUUUCGAUCCCUCCAACCUACCCCCGGCGGCCGGUGGUCCUUGGCCAGGAAAUGGCAAAAUGUCGAAGCGAAAGUUCGAAAAGCAGAAAUCCUUCAACAGCAAGAACAAUCUGAACAGCAGCAGUUCGCUCGACAGCACGAUCGAUGGAUCGGCGGUGGGAAGAACAGUUGACUGUGGACAGCAGACUGCGGUGCCGACACCGGGUGAUCCUGGUUCCGGUGCCAUUACUACCAUUAUGACAACGACGACAACGGUAACUCCCACCACCAUUGCGGAAGAAGUCGUUAAUGAACUGGGGUGCUAUGAUGUGGACAACACCGGUGGCCUAAAAUUGCUAAGCAUCAAGGACAGCCAGGACAUGGACGAAAAUUCGAGCCUCUGUGAAGAAAUCACACAAACCACUAACGAGCUUGGCGGGUUGAAGAUACAAAAGCAUCAAGCCACUAGUCCUAUGCUGCAGGCCAGCGAAUUGCAAUCAAUCGAUAUGAACGAAAUCCAAUACGGUACUAACCAGAACGAUUGCGAGAAUCUCGCGAGUAACACAAACUCCUCCGCCAUGUUGGACGACGAUCGCUCCCUGAUCGACGAGGUGGUGGAAACAACGGGAGGUGACACGGACGAGCUCGGUGAAGCCCUCGACGCCAUCGACAAACCGGAAGAGCACAAUCCUCCACUGGGAGGAGCUGUACAACUGUUACAUGUGCACGAUCCUGUCAGUAGUAGCAGCACGCUUGAUGCCGUGGACGAUGACGAGGAUCGUAGUGAAACUCCGACCGACGGUGGUCCGGAAGAGACGGACAAAAAGAGCGAUAUGGUGAAGGUGGCUAACGUUGUACAGACGGUCGUUCCGUUGACGAGUUACGCGAGCUCAACGACCACACCAAACAGUGGCAGCGGCAUUGGAAGCGGUGGCGUCAGUGCUUACACCGUCACGUACGACGGUGGAGGUGGUGGCCAUCCUGGUGCGACCGUGUACGCGACCGGCACGCCGGGCCUGUCAACGACGACAUAUCAGACCGCUCCCGAUGGUGCCAUCUAUGCGGUACCGUCCUCGCUGGUCUAUACAUAUCCUACGGCAAUGGAUCCGGCGGAAAUGUCCGGUGGGUACUUCGUGCCGGUGUACGAUCCACAGCAACCGCGGGACGCGAGUCUCUGUUCGACGCCGGGCGCUUCGAUCUACUCAGCACCGGCCGGCGCCACGUCGACUGUACUGCAUCCUAUCGCAUACUCGCAGAGCGCAGCAGCCGCGGCUGCAGCGGCAGCGGCGGCUUCAGCAGCCUACACCGGUGCUCCGUUGUACCAGAACCCGGUGAUGUACUCAUCCGAUCAGUACCCGGCGGCGCAGGCAGCCGCCGCAGCGGCAGCUGGCCAGCUACCACAGUACCCCAUCAGCUAUCCGAUCGGAAUAGGAUAUCCUUUCAAUGGUGCUACGUAUCAGAACUACUGGAAUCAACCCAUCACUUACUACGUUCCUCAGACGCCCGUUCCGUCGACGGUUGGCGGUGCGUCGAUCCUGAUGCAACCUUCGAUUCCGCAAACUCCGACGAAUGGUGGCGGAAGCAUCAUUACUACAGCUUCGGUGGGCCCGACAUCCACACCCGGUACCGGUUCAACCGGUGCGCCCGUGUCAGGCAAGCGUAAUACGACGCCGCCGACCAGCGGACACGGUCAGUCGCAUGGUGGCGGCACACACAGCGCCUCGGUAACACCGGUUCCGAUCUCGCCGUUCACCACCAACCUAUCCGUACCACUGCCCGAUUCGUCGUCGGCGGCCACUGCCGCACCGAUGUACGCAGCCUUUCCGCAGCCGAUCUAUCCCAACAUGCUUCCAUUCGCCAGUCCGAUGACGGCGCAUCCGCAUCCGGCCGCGGCCACCGCUGGGGCCACACUCGUUCCCACUGCCGCAUCAUUCCAUCCACACCCGCCUGCCGGCACGCAACAUCACCAUCCGGGUGGGCAUCAUUUGGUCGCGUCGUCCGUUGAAACCCCGGGCGUGGCCGGUCACCAUCAGCAUCAUGGACCGCAUCAUCAUCAGCAGCAUCAUGCGCAUCAAUCGCAGCAGCAUCAUUCGCAGGGUAACGGCGGUCACUAUUCCAGCGCAAACGGACCGUCGAACGGUGGAGGCAACGGUAGUAGCAGCAGUAGUAGCAGCAGUAGCAACAGCAGCCACAGUGGUGGCAACAAUAGUGCCACGAACGCACCGACGCCACAAUCCACGCCUAGCACGCCGCUCUCGUUGCCGAUGUCGAUGCCACCACACCAUGGAGGUGUCGGUCCAGGCGGUACUCCUAAGGGUGUACCGCUCUUUCCAACGCCCCCAAUGAUGCCGGCUGUUACGGGUGGCGGUGGAGGCUACGGCGGUGGAGGACAUCAUCACUAUGGUGGAGCGGAAGAUCGUAAAGCGGGCAACGGUGGCGGUUACCAGGGCAAACCGAGGCUUCCUAAUGCGACUUCCGGAUCGAACGGUGGUAGCUACUUCAAUUAUGGCACGUCCGGAAAUGGAGGCAGGCAGAUGACACCGAACGGCAACAGCACAGGUGGUAGCUAUCCACCGUCUGGAUCUGGUAUGAAGAGUGGAAGCUACGUACCGAACAGUACAGGGAACCAGAACAACCAGAAUGGGCCGCUGAUUCUGGGUCCACCGCCGUCUGGGAAAGGGAGCCGGCACGAUGCCGGCAACUGCAACGGACCGGUGAUGACGAACGUGGUCAAUGUGAACGGAGGUUCCUCGGGUAAGCCACCAUUGAUACCGACGCUCCCGAGCAUGGUAGUGCCAGCGGCAGCGACGUCAGCACCGAACGCCAGUACUGGAAUGUCUGGUGACAAGACGCGCCUCAACCGCUCCUCGAAGCCCCCGAAUCUCGAUCUAAAGCGAAGCUACAACAGCUACAGUGGUGUCAACAGUCGCAACACGCCUAGCACGAACUCGAAUGAAAGCAACGGUUCACCGAACAGUAUUACGUCCUCAUCCGUGCAUGAACACGCAGCGACUCAAUCGCACCCGGGAGGAAACGGAGGCCACCAUCCGCUGCCACCACCACACCAUGCGUCCUCCCAUCACCACGGGGGUCACGGUGGCAACAACCAUCCAUCGACACCGACAUCGCACCAUCACGGGGGACACCCGGUGGUGACAGCGGCAUCCGGAGGACAGCAGCAUGGGCUGCAUCAUCAUCACUCGUCGCAUCCGCAUGCGCAGCAUCAUCCCCACCACGGUGGCGGUCAACCGACGAUGCCACCGGGUCAGCAGUCGGGUCAUGGUGGACCCGGAACAACCGGUGGAGCAACGCAUUACUAUCACGCGGGACCGGCUGGCCAAUCGAUGGCACCGGCCGGAGGACCUCACUCGUCGUACUACCCGGGAGGAUCCGGAAAUGGUCCUCCACAGCGUGGCUGUAGCGUUGGCAGCAAUAGCGGAAGUGGAACCGCGGGUGCCGGUACAGGUGGAAAUGGAGGGGGACAUGGAUCGGGCCAUCCACAUACGAUGCCCGCGACCGUCAUGCACAAUUCGGCCGUUGCAGCAGCGGCCGCUGCUGCCGUUGUUGAACCGUACCAUCAGCAGCUGAUCCCAAUCAACGCUGCGACCGGAAUGUCGUACGUCAAAAUUGGGCAGGCGUACUUUCCUUCGCUAGCGUUGCCUCAGAGCCGCCGAUCACCUCCCAAUGAAAUACGUCCAAUCGCAGGUGUCUAUCCGACGAUGAACAUGGUGAUGCCAGCAUCGCGACAAUUUACGCCACGACCUCAGCACAGCAGCGGUUACAGCAAUACCAAGGCAACAAAAUCACUCCGAUAAACUACUGCGACAUUUGUGCAACGCACACUCGUUAAAGUGCAUACAUCUUCGAAAGGUCUCAACUUCUCGUUUACGUAAGUACAUAAUUCACGACCGAACGUCGUGGGAAUAAUAUAUAACAUGAUGAAGUACUUUUCGCAAUGACAACAUGAACCAUACGAUUGUUAGAGUGUGAUGUGAUGUUAUCUGAUCUGGAAUUAGAUGAUCGAGGAUAUGGGAAAAUGCAAAUAAUCUUGCUAUAAUACGAUGCGAUACGUACAAGUACUUACACGCAGCAAAUGGUACGAACCUUCUUUCCUUCCACGAUGAUCAGUGAAAAAGAAGGUAUUAGAAUGGCAAGCAAAAAGAAGGGUAAUGGGAUGAAGACACGUGGCUAUUGUCACCAAUGAGGUAUUUAUUUAAAAGAAAACAUUAUGACGUACGUAGUACUUCCCAUUUUCAAGAUAUGUUACUUUAUAAGCUCGGUAAAACGCAACAACAUGAGAAGUUACUAACUGAAAGUUCAAACGAUCAACCGAUCUGGUAGAGUCGAACCGUGGGAAAUGCGCGUUGUGUAUGUCAAUACCAUACGAUUCAGAACGUUGCAUGUCGAUUUAUUCUCAUUAGCAACCUACAGAAUGGUAUCAGUUGCUGGCCAUAACGCAAACAUGCGUUUAACAACAUCUGAUGUGCACAAGUUUGGUAUCAUUCUUACCAACAGGCAGGACCAACAAACAACCAACCGCAUGAGAUUGAACAAAGUCUUAUGUAAUGCGGGAUAAAAAAAAUGGCAAAUAUCACGUUACUGUGUGAUAGAAUCGAAAAUGAUGCUAAAGAUAUGCCUGGUUAGUCAGGAAUGGAAUGGCGACUAAAUACUUAACUACGAUAGAGAGAUUCGCUAUAUUAAUUAUUAGAAUGUUAUGAGCAGAACGGCUGAAGAAGUUGAUGGCAUUGAAAUGAAACUAUGUUCAAACAGAUGAAUCGUAAACGUGUGAUGGAGGUCUGAGAAGUUUGAUAGAUUAAUGAGAAAGAUCUUACUACGAACGGAACAGCAUGGUUAAUGGGUAGGGAUGAAAUCGAAAACAUUCUUUAACAGCUGCUAUGUUGAAAUGUUGCAAGUGGAAGCGCAAAUCGUUCAUUGUUAAGCAUCACGAGGCAAAAGGCAUAAACACAACACAAUCUACAACAAUACAUGCAACACUUGCAUGAGCAAACACUCAAGAAAGGCUAGCAUAGGUAAACACAUUCCCGCAUUGUGUUUAUUGCAAAAAGGGCACGCACUGCGUGAAUGUGUCUAAAAGGAGUGAAAACUGAAAAAGGCAAAGAGAGGGAAAAAAGAGAAAAAAAAAGAACUAUAUAAAAAUAUCUGCCGCUGUAGAAUUAUAAAGACAGGAUCGAAAUUGCGCCAAAGCUGUUGUUGUGUGAUGAAUACCAAUUGAGUUACUGCUUCUUAGAAAUGUGUGAUUGAUCACCAAAACUAAUAAUAAUAAUGAAAGAAUAACAAUGCAUACCGUACUACAGAGGUGCUGUUUGACGUGUGUAGUAAAAUAAAACUAUGUUGCCGGAUUAUCAGUUGCCAUGAGUAGAGCAAAAUAAAAAGAAAACGAUUAGAAAAUGGUAAGCUAGGAGAGGAGGGAAAUAUAUUAUUUACUUGCCAACGAAUGAACACGAAAAGAAAAGCAAAAAGGCAUUCUUAUUACAACAAUCAGUAAGAAGAAUAAUUAUAUUUAAACAAGAGUAAACCAGAACACAUAAUAAUCCGAACGCGAAAUGGUUAAAUAGUGUAGAAAGCAUUAGAAACAAUCCAACUUAUAUAGCAACACCUAUACAGCAGCAUACAUGAAAACAAUCGUAACAUCAGCAAAAAAAUACUAAGUUUCAUUUUAGUAGUUAAAACACUGAGCGAAAAGUUCACUAUUUCAUUAAAACAGAUACCAGAUGCAGCCGUUAUAAAGAAUUGCGGUUCUUGAACGUCAAAUGUUCAUCUAACUGUACGGUUUGUGUUGUGGGCUUUUGCUGAGUGUAUUUUGGAACAAUAUAUUUCCAUAUUUCAAGGCAGUUCGCUGCAUAAAAUUUUUAAUGGCAUCUGUAAUGUAAGGCGCAAGAUAUUUAACUGCGUUGUUUCAUGUUACCAGACCGGCGUCCGACGGCCGGCUAUGUUGACCAGCUCGGAAAAUUAUUCUCAAAAAAUCCUGUUUCUUAUUUUGAUUGAUACAAUCAUUCGACCAAAGCGUUUUCAAAAAUUCGUCCUUACGGGAUGUUAAGCACAAAAAGGCAUGCCAAACUACACAACGAUUGUAGCAUUGUCAACAUUCUAGUCACACAAAACUUAGUCUUGGUGAUAUAGUUCCCUACAGCGACAUCGUUGAAAAUGAAUGUUACAUUCAAUAUCGUUUUCCAACAACCAUGAGGAAACUCCGCUGUCAGUGUAGGGUAGUGAUCUUAUUUUACACCUAUUCUAAUCCCUGCCGCCAGUGUGUAUCCGAAGGAUCAAUAUACAGGAAAUUUUAUUAUUUUCCUGCGUUUGAAAUAAUCUGUGUGCUGUAGUGGAUCAAGAUAUCAUUUUCGCCAAGAAAACCAUAUGAAUCCAUACCAAAACCAUUCGCAAAAAAUAGCAAACGAAAUGGAAGCUACGAAACCAGACAUAAAUAAACAAACAUUAAAACAACUAAAAUGACCACAACCAACCAGAUCGAAGUUGGUUUACCAUUAGUGGUGAAAUUAUUUCCGGAUCUUUUAAUAUGAAUGUGAAUGUGCCCUUAUAAACUAAAGGGUAACCGAUUCAGUAGCAAAAACACAGCAAAAACAGCUACGGAUACGACGAUAUCAGUGCUAAAUGAGAUAAACAGAGAAUUGAACGAACGGGAUAUCCUAACAGGCACAUACACAGACACACACACAAAAUGGAACAGUUGAUUAAAUGUGUUAUUAUAUAUAUGAAAGAAUGUAUUUAUUUUAAUUUAUAUACACUGAGAUGGAGAUGCGAACGAUAGUAAGCAAGAAAGCGAGAGCGAAUGAGAAAAGUAUGGCGAGCGUGAAUGAAAAACAAAAACACGGUGCAGUGGACCGGACUGCGAAUUUGAGUAAAACGGCAAGAGAUAAAAAUGAGUGAAAAAGAUGAAAAUCUAAAAAAAAACUUAUAUUAAGAGAAACAAAGUGAAAGUGCUGCAGUGACAAAGGAUGAAACUAUUUCCAAGUGAAAAAAUGAAGCAAAC